AUGUCCGUCUCAUCUCUAGUCAUGUCGUCCCUCCUCGGGGUGUCCUACGUUAACCCGAUGAACUUUUUUUCCCAGAACCUCGGUAGCUCAGGAUGCGGAACUUCUGGUCCCAUAUCGUGCCAGGAUGCGAACACGCCCCCCGCCGCAAAUACCUGCUGUUUUGAGACUCCUGGAGGCCUGAUUUUGCAGACGCAAGUUUGGGACACAGAUGUUGCUGGUAGUCCUGCGGACAGUUGGACCAUUCAUGGUCUGUGGCCUGAUAACUGCGACGGCACUUACAUUGAGAAGUGCGACCCCUCUCGUGAUUACACGGAUAUCGCCGGGCUACUCGAAUCCCAGGGUGCAUCGUCUACAUUGGAUUUCAUGCAACAGUAUUGGCUCAACGAUGAUGGAACUAAUGAGAAAUUCUGGGAGCACGAGUGGGCUACACACGGCACAUGCUAUAGCACACUGGAUGUUGAUUGCCUUCCCAGCAGCAGCCCUACGGGCGCCGAGGCUGUGGCAUUCUUUGAGACUGUGGUGAGGGUCUUCAAGACCCUCCCCACGUAUGACUGGCUUGCUCAGGCAGGCAUCACUCCGUCAUAUGACCAGACUUAUUCGCUUUCGUCCUUGUUGUCGGCUCUCCAAGAUGCCUCUGGAUACAUUCCAGCUUUGAGCUGCUCUCGAUCGGGCACACUCAGCUCGAUCAGCUGGUACUUUAAUCUCAAGGGCUCUGUCAUUGAUGGCGAGUUCGUCCCGAUAGACAACCCUAAGGAUUCUUCUUGCCCCUCGAGUGGUAUCCAGUACCUUCCCAAAGAAGGAUAAUACCGACGGGCAAAAUAGAGAAGUGCGCUGUGAUGUACCAAGCAAAAUCUAUAAUUGUACAUGGCUUCUCGAUCGUUCGGACUUCCAUUGUGUCGAUAGACUAUCUAGUAAUAACAUGCCUCCACCCUUCAACCACCCGAGUCUGGAACUUGAGCUACUGGCUCAGACUUUCUUCGUUAAGCAGUUCCCAGUAGAUGCAGGCGUUCCAGCUGCAAUUACGAGCGGGCUGAAUGCUGCUCAACACA